AUGUCUGCUCCUGAAGUCCCCAAACCGAAUAAUCAUUUCACUUCUAGAGCUAUCACGGUAUUGGAUGAGGAAGGACGUGCAUGGCUACAAACCAUACCUGAAGCACAUCGCGCCUAUAUGUCCGUCCGCCUGAAUCACCCACUGGGACGGAGAAUGCCAAUACAACAUUCAGAUAACAAAAAUAACCCAAGAUUACCUCAGGAGUAUUAUGAUAUGUACGACAAGUAUCAUAGCAUGGCAAGGGCAAUAGCAGACGCUCGGGAACUUCAACACGUCAAGUCCACCGAUGGGAUCGUCGCAGAAACGCAAACGCGGCACAAACGUCAAGCUUCAGAUCUAGCUACGACAUUUGAUCCCAAAAAGUCCAAGGUGGCAGAGCACUUUGAUCCGAAUGGUGGCACGCACAAGGAAGACUCGAUGAGCCAAGUCAAAGAACCGCCUGUCAACGAUCCUAUUCUGAGGCUUGAGAAUCAGCUUCGUGAUGGUGCUCUAGCUCGUCAGUAUAAACAGCAUUUAGUCGAGAGCUUACAAGGACAGCAACCCUUUGACGAAACUGUCAUUGAUUAUCUUGCUAUUCAAGUCAUCAACUCCGGGGGUAUGCCUGCCGGUUAUAUCGAUGCCGAAACAAGUUCGGCGUAUCGCAAGAUGCCUCUCUCCUGGCUCGAACAGCGCCCAGAUAUGAUCAAAUUGAGCGCGUCUGAGUACGAUCAUCUCGUCUUCCCUCUUUGGGUUAACAAGAACCACUGGGUUACUGUGUACGUCAGGAAAGAGCCCGCACUAGCAUUGAUGUUCGAUAGCCUAUACACUCACAAGGCUCUGAGCCAGGCUCAAUGUGUAGUCGACAAGCUGUUUCUCGUGGCAAAAGUUUUACCUUCUAAAAUCAGAGUUCAACACGGCAAAGGCCCUCAGCAACCUGACAAUUUCAACUCUGGUAUAUUUUGCGUGCGGGCCAUCGAAAUCAUAGUCAAUUGA